GGUUUGGUUUGAUUUUUGACUCGCUGUCGCUGUUUAUUUACUGCGUGAAGAGUUUUAAGAACUUUCAAAAUUUAACAAAUUUAAGUGUUUUUGGUUAACUUUUUCCUGUCGAAAUGGGUAAAAAGAGAAACUAUACCAGUAGUGCGAACCCGUUUGCAAAAAGGAAGCGUGAUCUUAAGGACAAAGAUCAAUCGGAACCAGCGAGGAGAGACAAACCGUACGAAGACAUCGAGCGGAAGAAUGAAAGCUUCGAGGUUUAUUAUAAACAUCAGAACGUUUGUCCGGCCAAUGAAUGGGACCAGUUUAUGGAAAAGCUGCGGUCCAGCUUGCCAACGACAUUCCGCAUAACCGGCUCGAAGAGCCAUGCACGCGCUCUGUUGAAGAUUAUAAAGGAACAAUUUUUUGCGGAAUAUUAUCGAGCAGUGGGUGAAUUUAAGGAGAACGGAGAGGAAAUACAGGAACCAAUAUGUCUCUCCUGGUAUCCUAACGAAUUUGCCUGGCAGUUGAACCUUUCUCGCAAGGACAUCCGCCGGUCGGAGCCGUUGUUUAAAUUACACAAUUUUUUGAUCGCAGAGACAAGCUCGGGCAACAUCAGCAGACAGGAAGCAGUUUCGAUGAUUCCACCCCUGCUGUUGGGAGUGGAGCCUCACCACAGGGUGCUGGAUAUGUGUGCAGCUCCGGGGUCCAAAACGGCUCAGCUGAUCGAGGCCCUCCACGCCGGCGGAGAUUGCAGUCCAAAAGGGUUUGUUCUAGCAAACGAUAUCGACAAUAAUCGCUGCUAUAUGUUGGUCCAUCAGGCGAAACGGUUAGGCUCUGCCUGCUGCCUAGUAACGAAUGCAGAUAGUGCCAAAUUUCCGGAUCUAAAGGUAAAGAACGAAGCUGGCGAAUUGGAGGAUCUUCGAUUCGAUCGGAUACUUUGCGAUGUUCCGUGUUCGGGAGAUGGAACCAUGCGCAAAAAUGUCGAUAUUUGGAAUAAGUGGCAUCUGGGGAAUGCACACAAUCUGCACGGUGUGCAGUAUCGCAUUGUUAAAAGGGGUGCUGAACUGCUUGAGGUCGGGGGAAAACUGGUUUAUUCGACGUGCUCGUUGAAUCCGGUUGAGAACGAGGCAGUUUUGCACAGCCUCUUAGUUCAAGCCGGAGACUCGCUGGAAAUUGUCGAAGCAAGCCAUAUGUUUCCAACGCUAAAGCACAGCCCGGGAAUGACCUACUGGGAACCAGCCACCAAGGAUAUGCGGUUCUACAAGUCGUUCGAAGACGUGCCGGAACUGUAUCGUUCUUCGAUUCGUGCCUGUCUAUUUCCACCGGCACCGGAGGAGGCACAUAAAUACAAUCUUACUCGCUGCAUUAGGGUGUUGCCACAUCAUCAGGACACUGGGGGCUUUUUCAUUGCGUUGAUCGAAAAGAAGAAAAAGCUGCCGUGGGAAGAGGAGGACCAGUCAGCGAAUGCUGACACCAAUGCCGAUACUGCGGACGGAGCCGCGGCCAAAGUUAAGAAUGAAGCUGAAUCCGGCAAAAAGAAGAUGCAUUAUAGGGGCUUCAAGGAGGAUCCGUUUGUGUUUUUUGAUGGCGCAGAAGAAAUUUACGAAUCGAUCAAAAAUUUCUUCCAACUGUCAGAUGAUUUCAAUCCAAUCAAUUUGCUGACACGCUGCCGGGAAGGAAAGAAAAAGAACAUCUACUUUUGCGCGGACAUUCUGCGCAACAUCGUCAGCAACAACGAGGAUCGGAUUAAGUUCAUCAAUCUAGGCGUGAAAGCGUUCGUUCGAUGUGACAACCGCAAUCGGCUGUGCGAUUUUCGAAUGUCACAGGAGGGACUUCCAAGUGUGAUUCGAUAUCUGGGCACCAGUCGCAGGUUGAAUGUCGCAAAGGAAGAUCUGAUAAAGUUGUUGUCAAACAAUGACCCCACGAAACCUCCGGAGUUGGCCGGUUUGAGCGACACGGUUCAGAAGGAAACCGAAGGCAUGGAACCGGGCUGUUGUGUGCUGCAGUGCAGGGCGGACGAUCUCGAGCUGAACGUGGUCGGUUGGCGCGGGGCGAAGAGCUUGCGGGCGUAUGUCGACCAGCACGAUACGGUUCACAUGCUGAGACUGUUGGGAGCUGACGUUUCGAAAUAUGAGAAAAACAAAUUCGAGGAAAAGAAGGAAGCUAACGAUGCUAACGAACACUCCAAGUAGGACGAGUGGAUGGAAAACCGAGACAUGAAGAUUGAAAUGUUUAAAUUUUAUGUUAUCCUGAUGCAACAAUAGUUUGCAGAA